CCCUCAGCCCGCUGCGCGCAGACAAUGGCGGGGCGGCGGAGCCCGGCUGGCCUCCCGAAGGCGGAGGGGCUCGACCGCUGUCCUCUGAUUAGUCUGGGAUGAGGUCUGCCAGCAGGAGACCAAGGGGAAACUGGCCUUGAGGCUGGGAUGGAGGUGGGGGGCGUUUACCAGUGUAUGCCAAGCGUUGAUGGGGGUGAAGAGCAGGUUGGUUCGACUGGUACGCUUUCCUUUCUGUCCCAAACUACUCUCUCAGCUGGUCUCCCUGAGCGACUCCAGCUUGGGCCACCGGAACUUCCAGAUCCCUGUGAUCCUGGGACCUGGCUUUAACCCCUUUCUCCCCAGUGUGAGGCCCAGGCCGCCAUGAAACUAGCUGAGUAGACCUCCCUCUCCAACUGACUCUAGGACUGCUGCCUGGAGGCUGAGGAUGGAUGAUGGGGACUUCCAGUAUCCAGGCUUGCUUUGAACUCCACAUGUAGCUGAGGAUGGCCUUGAACUUCUGAUCCUCCUGCCUUCUAAGUACUGGGAUUACAGAAAACAGUCCUCUACGAAGACUAGGCCUUUCAGGCCAAAACCGCCUCAGUCCGCCUGCGCGGAUUUAGCGUGACUUCCGGUUAGCCAAACACCCACGUGAUCAAAUGCCCUCAGUGCGCAUGUGUGAAGAGGAGUUGGACUGAACCAUUUUGCCCGACGAAAGGGGUACACCUUUUCUGUUUUAAAGCUUAAAACCGAUUCUCGAUCUUGAUCAUCUAUGAUCACGGUCUUUUAGGAAGAAAGUAAGUGAGUGUGAAAUGGAGGAAGAUGAAAUAGCUUAGCGAAAAUACAGACAAUCAUGGAGUGGGGCUUGGGCUCUCCCCUUCGUAGUUAAUGGGAGGAGCCCGCGACCAGCAAGCUCUUUCCUUUCGCUGCUGCGUCUGCAGCCAUGAGUAUGCUUAGGCUACAGAAGAGGCUUGCCUCUAGCGUCCUCCGCUGUGGUAAAAAGAAGGUGUGGUUGGACCCCAAUGAAACCAACGAAAUCGCCAAUGCCAACUCUCGUCAACAGAUCAGGAAGCUGAUCAAAGAUGGCCUGAUCAUCCGGAAGCCUGUGACUGUCCAUUCCCGGGCUCGAUGCCGGAAGAACACCUUGGCCCGACGGAAGGGCAGGCAUAUGGGCAUAGGGAAGAGGAAGGGUACUGCCAACGCUCGGAUGCCCGAGAAGGUGACCUGGAUGCGAAGGAUGAGGAUCCUGCGCCGGCUUCUCAGGAGAUACCGGGAAUCUAAGAAGAUUGACCGUCAUAUGUAUCACAGCCUGUACCUGAAGGUCAAAGGGAAUGUGUUCAAAAACAAGCGGAUUCUCAUGGAGCACAUCCACAAACUGAAGGCAGACAAGGCCCGCAAGAAGCUACUGGCUGACCAGGCUGAGGCUCGCAGGUCUAAGACCAAGGAAGCACGAAAGCGCCGGGAGGAGCGCCUCCAAGCCAAGAAGGAGGAGAUCAUCAAGACUCUGUCCAAGGAGGAAGAGACCAAGAAAUGAAGCGUCCCUCGUGUCUGUACAUAGUGGCCAGGCUAUGGCCUCACAUGGAUCAGUCAUUAAAAUAAAACAAGCCUUCGUCCUUG